AUGGUUUUGCCUCCGAGGCGAACUGGGAGAGGAUUUAAAGACAUCAGUGAGGUGCCAUGUAAAUCUGUUGCGGAACAUUUAGGGUUAAGGAUACAUCAACGAGAGACAUUUAGAGGCUGGAAGACGCCGGAAGGGACCAACUUAAUUGUCGUUGUUUCAUUUGGAUUGUUUGUUCCACCGCGGGUAUUGAAUUCGACAAAAUAUGGAGGAUUGAACGUGCAUCCAUCACUAUUACCACAUCUACGUGGCCCAGCUCCAAUUCAUCACGCCAUGAUGCGUGGCGAUAAGUACACUGGUGUAUCACUUCAGACGUUGGACCCAAGGGUCUUUGACCAUGGCACCGUUCUCGCUCAGACACCACCCCCUGGCUUACCGAUACCAGCCAGUGCUACGCUCCAGAGUCUUACAGAAGCCCUUGCCAAGGUAGGCGCAGAGAUGCUCGUCCAGGGACUACGAGACGGACUGCAUGUGCCACCAUAUACGGACGCAGGGUGGAUGGCCGAGCAGCUCAAAGACGAGGAACUAGUUCACGCACCGAAAGUGGGCAAAGGCGAAUCACAGAUUAGUUGGCCUGACUGGACCCCAUCCCAUUUUGAGCGUUUUGUCAACACCUUCAAUACGGUGUGGACACAGGUAAGAAACAACAAAGGCAAAUUUAAGCGAGUGCUUUUCCUGGAUGCGGAGAGUGUUUCUGAGCAUGAAGUGACGGGAAGAGAUGAGGAAGUACUAUUUCGGUUUGAAACAGGGAACGAAGGAAAGGAUAUUCAGAGGGCCGUCAGAAUCGAUGAUGAACGUGAUGCAUUUUACGUACAGACGACACAUGGGGGCUGGGUGCGUGUGAGGAGUGUCAAGGUUGAUGGGAAGACGACGCAGACAGCGAGGAUUGGGAUGAGGGAAUUCCUCAAGAAGAUGAAAUGA